GUAGAGGCAGGAGGAUCAGAAGGUCAAGUUCAUCCUCUUAGAAGAGGUCUGCUUGGAAUCCAUGAGAACCUGUCUUAAAAUAAAGAUGAACGUUGGACUUUUAACAGUGCAUACGCUUGCCUACUGCCCGAAGGAAUGGAUAGAAGUGGAAUUACUGGUCAAAGGGCAUUCAGAUCUGGGAGAAGUGGCCCCAGAAGUAAAACCUUCAGACAGCCAAACAUCUGUGGCGAUUGCAGAUUUGGAAUGGAGAGAAAUGGAAGGAGAUGACUGCGGGUUCCACUGUGGAGAUGGUACAAACGAGGCCCAGGACAAUGACUUCCCAACAGUGGAGAGAAGCAGGCUUCAGGAAAUGCUGUCCUUGUUGGGACUGGAGACAUACCAGGCACAGAAGCUCACCCUCCAGGACGCCCUGCAGAUCAGCUUUGACAGCAUGAAGAACUGGGCUCCUCGGGCUCCCAAGGACCUCCCCUGGCAUUUCCUCAGGAAACUGCAGGCCCUCAAUGCCGAAGCCAGGAACACCACCAUGGUGCUGGACAUGCCUCCGGACGCCUGGCCUGCGGAGAAGGGGAGCCAGAUGGAGGAGGAGAUGAUGUACUGGGACCCUGCGGAGGACAUCUCCGCUGAGGACAUCUACUCCUUUUCUGAGCUGCCCAUGCCCGACACACCUGUGAACCCCCUAGACCUUCUCUGCGCCCUUCUCCUGUCUUCAGACACCUUUCUGCAGCAGGAGGUCCUGCAGAAGAUGUCCCUCUGUCAGUUUGCACUCCCACUUGUCUUGCCCGACUCUGAAAACCACUACCACACCUUUCUGCUCUGGGCCCUGCGGGGCGUUGUGCGGACGUGGUGGUUCCAGCCCCCACGGGGCCUUGGGAGUUUUCGAGAAGACAGUGCGGUCCUGUCCAGGGUGCCCACCUUUGCCUUCGUCCGCAUGGACGUCAGCAGCAACUCCAAGUCCCAGCUGCUCAAUGCCAUCCUCAGCCCGGCUCGCCGGCAGUGGGACUGCUUCUGGCACCGGGACCUCAAUUUAGGCACCAAUCCUCGAGAGAUUGCCGAUGGGUUAGUAGAAAUCUCCUGGGUUUUCCCCAGUGGUAAGGAGGGCCUGGAUAUUUUCCCAGAGCCCGUGGCCUUUCUGAACUUGAGAGGUGACAUUGGGUCUCACUGGCUGCAGUUCAAGCUCCUGACGGAAGUGUCCUCUGCCGUGUUCAUUCUGACCGACAACGUCAGUAAGAAGGAGUACAAACUGCUGUGCUCCAUGCAGGAGUCCAGCACCAAGUACUACUUCAUCCUGAGCCCCUACCGAGGGAAACGGAACACGAACCUGCGCUUCCUGAACCGCCUCACCCCCGUGCUGAAGAUCGACCACUCUCACGUCCUGGUGAAGGUCAGCAGCACCGACAGCGACAGCUUCGUGCGGAGGAUCCGAGCGAUUCUGUGCAGUGUGGCGCGCUCUCCCUGCAGGAGGGUGUCUGUGGAGGACAUGGCACACGCAGCACGCAAGUUAGGCCUCAGGGUCGACGAGGACUUAGAGGAGUGUCAGAAGGCGAAGGACCGGAUGGAGAAGAUCCUCAGGAAGAUCAAGGAUGUGGACGCCUACAAGAGAGAUGAGCUGCGUCUGCAGGGGGACCCCGCAAGGAAGGCUGCCCAAGUGGAAAGGGAGUUCUGCCAGCUCCAGGAGCCCCCGGAGAAGCACCGGGCUGAGCUGCGGCGCCGGGUCCUAGAGCUCCGGGUGCAGCAGAACGGCCAGGAGCCCACCUCGGGGGUGCAGGAGUUCAUCCUGGGCAUAAGCAGCCCCUCUCUGGGCGAGAGGCAGUACUUCCUGAGGUGGAUGGAGUGGGGCUUGGCUCGCCUAGGCCAGCCGAGGCCAAGGCAGCCUCCAGAGACCCUUCUUACCCUGAGACCUAAACUGGGCGGGGCCUCAGACUUGACCGAGUCCCUCUGGCCUGAGCCCUUGGGUGUGGAGCACUUCCUUCGGGAGAUGGGGCAGUUCUAUGAGGCCGAGAGCUGCUUGGUGGAGGCAGGGAGGCUGCCUGCUGGCCAGAGGCGCUUUGCCCACUUCCCAGGCCUGGCUGUGGAACUGCUGCUGGGUGGGCUGCCCCUGGAGCUGGUCGAUGGGGCCACUCUGAGCAUCCCUGUUCGCUGGGUCACUGGCCUUCUCAAGGAGCUGCACGUCUGCCUAGACAGGAGAUCUCGACUAGUGGUUCUCUCUGCCCUGGGGGUGCCGGGCACAGGGAAAUCUACACUGCUUAACACCAUGUUUGGCCUGAAGUUUGCCACAGGGAGGAGCUCUAGUCCCCGGGGAUCCUUCAUGCAGCUCCUCCCUGUAGCUGAGGGCUUCAGCCAGGACCUGGGCUGUGACCAGAUCCUGGUAAUAGACUCUGGGGGUUUGAUCAGCGGGGCCUUGGCCUCUGCUGGAGACAGGUUCGAACUGGAGGCUUCCUUAGCCACGCUGCUGAUGGGGCUAAGUAAUGUCACUGUGGUCAGUUUAGCGGAAACAAAGGACAUUCCGCCCGCUAUUCUUCAUGCCUUUCUGAGGUUAGAAAAAACGGGGCACAUGCCCAACUAUCAGUUUGUAUACCAGAACCUUCAUGACCUGCCUGUCCCCAGCCCCAAGCCGAGAGACAGGAGGCAGCUCCUGGAUCCUCCCACCGACCUGAGCAGGGCUUCUCCCCACAUGGAGAAGCAGGGAGGGGGCUUCCGGACACUGGCGGGCCUUGCCGAGAGGCAGCACAUCUGGCACAUCCCAGCCCUGUGGCAUGGAGCGCCACCCAUGGCCAGCGUGAGCCUGGCUUACAGCGAGGCCAUUUUUGAGUUGAAGAGAUGCCUGCUAGAAAACAUCAGGAAUGGCUUAUCCAACCAAAACAAAAACAUCCAGCAGCUCAUUGAGCUGCUGCGGAGGCUGUGAAUGUUCUACGGGUCGGGCCUCCUGCUGUGGCCUCUUGUGACAGGCCAGCAAGGGCCGUGUCUGGCACCUGGGUGUUAGCUGGUGCUUGCUGCAUACUGGAAGGAAGAGCAGUGACAGGCGGGAGUUGAGGGCCUCUUCACAGUGUUAAGAAGCAAUCUCAGGCCAGCUCAGAAUCCCUGAGACCAAUCAGAGGCCCAGGGUGUGGUGACAGAAGCAGUAAGUGAUCUCUGUUCCUAACCCAUGUCGGGGCUCCUGGCAGGUGACCCACGGUCAACUGCUGCUCCUUCAUCGGCCCAUUGAUUUAGG